CUAUCCCCAUCACCAUUUUCAUUUCUCGUCUGUCUUCUUUGAAAGCCAACAAAAACAGCUCCGAUUACACUCACCCACCCCCACCAACGCCCUUUCGUUAUUUCCCAUUCUCCACUCAACAACAGCAACAAAAACAAACCAACCCAGAAUCAAGGUUCCAGCUUCUGCCAAUGAAACGAAGUUCCCCAGGUGCUCAGGUCCACCAACCGAAAAUGAAGAAAAUAAAAGAAGAAGAAACAGGGUUGAUGAAUUUAGAUGAAAACCUGUUGUACGAGGUCUUCAAACACGUUGACGCGAGGACCCUAGCAAUGGCGUCGUGCGUUAGCAAACAGUGGCUCAAAACCGCCAGAGACGAGCGUCUCUGGGAGUUGAUCUGUACCAGGCACUGGGCUAAUAUCGGUUGUGGAACCCAACAGCUUAGAUCCGUCGUUUUGCCUCUCGGUGGUUUCCGGCGUCUCCACUCCCGUUACCUAUGGCCGCUUUCCAAGCCACAAGCUGCAUCAGCUUCGCGGUGGGCUCCACCAAAGAUUAUUAACUCAAAGCCGCCUGCUCGGUGGGGAAAAGAUGAGGUUCAUCUUUGUCUGUCUCUUUUCUCUAUUCAGUAUUACGAGAAGAUGAAUUUCACGAGCAGAGACAGAUAAUUCUAACUAAUCAUAAACGAAUGAACUAGGUGUAUAUGUAUAAUUUUGAUUUCUAGUAUUGGGUGUUUGUUUUGCUGUUUUCUUAAAUUUGGCUUGGAUUUUUGUAUUUAAGCUGGG